AUGACUCUUAUAGAUGCCAUUUUGAAAGCGAACACGAUUGAAGGGGGGAGUCGCACCUCUCCACCGCCGGAAGCUAUUAAUUCUGAUAUUUGCAAGAAAAAUACAAAAAAGUAUGUGCAUAAGGUAUCUCACAACCCGAGCGUACGGCGCGUAGCGUUCCGCGCGCGCCUCAAAGAGCCAAUAGACCACCACAGACGGGGCCCUAUAAGAGCUGAUGUUCAGCCGGAGUUGCGGGGUAAGCGCAAUGAGGCACCGCGACCUCGGCCCAGAGCAGGAGAAGGAACAGGGGGGUUUUUAGGCCGAGUGGACAGUCACUGGAAGAAUGAACCAGUUCGUUUCAUGCAGUACUAUCAGAGUCGAGUCGACUUCCUAAAGAAAACGAGGAGGCAAAACCUGGCGCUGCAUAAACGAAUUAUGAAUGCGGAUCCGAAAAUAGUACCGACAGCGGAACUGAAUCGGGACUGGGCGCGCAACAGACGGAAGAUAGUCGAUCAGGCUGCUCGUCCCUUCCUGUUGUUUCCACCGAUAAUACCGGAAGAGAUCGAGGACCCCGCUUUUGUGGCACCUCUGAAUGUCAAGAGACCCAGAGUAUAUAUAACACUGGGUAUAAAAGAUGGUGCGGAGAUUGGGGAAAUAUGUGUGGAGCUCUUCACUGAUACCUGUCCUAAAACCUGCAAUCUGUUUCUGGAGUUGCUGGAUGGAGAUGCACACGGAUAUGGGUACAUCAACACCUGCUUUUACAGGUAA